AUGGGCAGGUGCACCACUGUCAUUACGCUCACAGGAGCCACGUCUUUGGGGUUGUUGACAGGCUCAUUGGCGUACCAGUCGAUGAAGAAAAUCCCGGAGUUGAUCAGACAGUUGAACCAGCAGGCGUCCCUAAAAGCCGCGUCUGCCGAGCCUGUGUUGGCCGCCAUCCGAACCAACUUCACAGUGUCUAAUGCCGUGAACGUCGUCUUGGCUUCGCUCUCCACUUGGCUCUUCUCGACGAUUUACAAACACUCGUCUGCGGCGGGAAAGCACCCCUACUUGUUGUAUUCUGCAGUGGCUGCCCCCUUGGCGCUUGCGACUUUGUACUACCAGACCGGCGCCAAGACUUGCGUGUUGACGGGUCCCUUCAGCGAUGUAGCUAGAUUUAGGGAGUGUCUCUGCGCGAAAAUUGCCAAUCUUACCAGCGGAUGCCGCGUCUUGCUGGGACAAAAGAAGGAAUACACGACCCCUGAGCCCGCGACAGAGGACGUGCCCAUGGACCAGUCGUACAUCCAUGUUUCUGACGAUUCUGUGUCGACCGACUCGUCCCCCGAAACGCCCAUUGAGACUUUGGAUUCCGUGCCCUCGGCCAUCGAAAGCGAGGUUGAAGAUGCCUUGAGCAAGAAGGAGCGCGUCAAGGACUUGGAAAACGUGGCCGCGGCAUACAAUGUUGCGUCAAUGAUUGCUGGUGUGGGCUUUGCCAUCUGCUCGGUUGGCGUCAUUGGAGACCAGUUCUUCCUUUAG